GGAAAAGAUACCAUAUCAUUGGUUUAGGCCUAGACGGAGACAAUGCCGAGAGAACUCGACAAGAGACCCUUCUGCGACCCGGCGAUUGAACAGUCGAUGAAAUCCGCGGGCGCGCGCGUAUCCGUUGAGCAGCAAGGGAACAAGUCUCCAGAAUGUUGAACAAGCACGAGAAUCUCUAAGCAUAAGCUAUGAGCAAUGUCCAGAUUAUGCUAAUGAGGCCGUUAUUCGGCGUAAUACCUUGCCGCCACGAUCCUAUUGGAUACCGGACACCGCCCUCUGUCUAAAUGGCACUUGGUCCUUCGACUAUGCACAGAGUCCUCUGGAAAGCCCUGAUGUGCAAAAAUGCAACGCAGAAUCAUGGGAUAAAAUCCAGGUUCCUGGGCACUGGCAGCUUCAAGGCUAUGGAAGCCCACAGUACACCAACAUUUCUUAUCCGUUCCCGGUAAACCCACCACAUGUUCCGGAUAUUAAUCCCACUGGUACAUAUGUCAGGAACUUUUCUGUCCCAUAUGAGUGGGAUACCAAUACCCAGCUUAGACUGCGUUUCGAUGGUGUCGACAGCGCGUACCACGUCUGGCUCAAUGGAGAGUUUGUCGGAUACGCUCAGGGAAGUCGGAAUCCUGCGGAAUUCGAUGUCACAGAUGUUGCGAAUCGCAAUGGCGUGAACCAACUUGUUGUUCGAGUGUACCAAUGGUCGGAUGGCUCGUACAUUGAGGACCAGGAUCAAUGGUGGCUAUCGGGUAUAUUUCGAGAUGUCCAUCUGCUUGCCUUUCCUAUGGCAUGUAGAGUAGAAGACUUUUUUAUCCGUGGUGACCUGGAUUCUGCGUACCAGCAUGGUAAUCUCCGUGUCGGCGUAGAUGUACAUUGUCCUGCAGGCGGCACCCUUUCCGUCGUUCUUCGAGAGCAGCAUAAAAACGGUGGUGCUGUCAUAUGCCGCUCUGUGCAAAAUGUUGAUCCAUCCGGCAGACAUGCUGAGUUUAGUCUGCAUGUGGAGGAUCCAUGCAAGUGGACGGCUGAAACACCUUACCUCUACGACGUCGAUAUAGCCUUGGCCUCGGAUGGCGUAACUGCUUCUGUUACUCAUGCAACCGGCUUUAGAAAAGUUGAGCUCAAAGAUGGUCGUAUCAAAGUCAAUGGCAAAGCUAUUCGAUUCCGGGGAGUGAACCGCCACGACCACCACCCAAGGCUGGGGCGCGCUGUGCCGCUCGAGUUUAUUCGCCAAGACCUUUUGCUGAUGAAAAGGAACAACAUCAAUGCUCUGCGCUGUGCACAUUACCCCUCUAACCCUGGCCUUUAUGACCUUGCCAAUGAGCUUGGAUUAUGGGUCAUGGAUGAAGCAGACUUGGAAUGCCAUGGCUUUGCCGAAGUUGUUGCCACCAAUGCAGCAGAGUGUGAUGGCACCGAAGAGGUAUACCAACGCUUAUUCAACGAGAUUGCGCCGGUUGCUAGCAAGUAUUUGAGCGAUAAUCCCACAUGGAAAGAGGCAUAUGUCGACCGAAUGGUCCAGCUCAUCAGCAGAGACAAGAACCAUCCUUGCAUCAUCAUAUGGUCACUGGGGAAUGAAUCAUUCUGCGGUCAAAAUCAUGUUGCCAUGUAUCAAGUUUGCAAGAGUCUUGAUCCGGGUCGACUGGUACACUACGAAGGAGAUAACGGCAUGGGUACAACGGACAUGUACUCGUACAUGUAUCCUACCAUAGACGCGCUUGUCAACAGGGCUUUGACAAAGGAUGUUGCACCAGACGGAACAGCAUCCAAACCACUGAUUCUGUGCGAAUAUGCCCAUGCAAUGGGAAAUGGUCCUGGGUUGCUCGAAGAUUAUGAAGCUGUAUUCUCCGAACAUCCCCGGGUCCAAGGCGGCUUUAUCUGGGAAUGGGCAAAUCAUGGCCUUGAAAAGACGGACGACUCUGGCAUAUCAUUUCAUGCUUACGGAGGCGACUUUGGUGAACUCGUUCACGAUGGAACCUUUGUUAUGGAUGGCCUUUGCAGCAGUAACCACGAGCCUAUGCCUGGGCUUGUUGAACUGAAGCAGGUUUACUCUCCUGUGUCAUUCAAAAUGCAUGACAAAAGUUUGGUAAUUACGAACUGCCACGACUUCAUUGAUCUUGGCCUCUUUGAGAUCACUAUCCAGCUAGAAGAACUGGCCUUGAGCAGUGCCAAACUACUAUCUACGAACUCUCUGGUAGUGCCACGUAUCGCUGCUCGGUCGUCUGCAGUGGUAGACCUGCCACACGCAGUGUUUAAGCACCCAUCCAAGUCAGAAUUACUGUUGACUGUAAGCUUGAAACUGUCCAACUCUACCCCUUGGAGUGAUGCUGGACACGAAAUCGCAUUCUUCCAGCACCAAAUCUCGCAAUCAACGCCUCGCAUCAUUGCUCGCGAACUACAGGCGCCGUCUGCUCCGACCGCUACCAUUGACGAGAAUUGCCCGCUCUUGAAAGUAUGUGCAGGUAAAUCGACUUUUGAGUUUAGCAAAGUACGUGGCUUGUUGCAAGGCUGGAGCUUCAACUCGAAAUCCAUUGUGCAGAAGGUCGAAUCUCAACAAGGUGCGCUUGUGCCUGCUUUCUGGCGUGCCCCCACGGACAACGAUAAUGGAAAAGCCGUGCCAUACUGGAAGAGUUAUGGCCUGCAUAGACUGUCGACUCAAUUGCGUGGUAUGAGAGUCGACCAAGAGACGCACAGUGGCGCCACUGUCCUGACCAUGCGAUUGCACAUUGGGCCUGUGUCAUUAGGCUGGGGCUGGCCUGCCACAACCAUCUAUCGCAUCGAGCAGGAUGGUUCGUCCAUGACGGUGAUGAUGUACCUCGACGACCCUGUCGGAGAUGCACCUGACUAUCUUCCUCGCAUGGGAUUCGACCUUGUACUUCCUACUAGUUUGAACUGUGUCAGCUGGUGCGGUCGUGGGCCUGGCGAAUCCUACCCGGAUAAGAAGCUGGGCCAACGCGUGGGUGUUUGGAACGCGGACAGUAUCGCCGAGUUGCAGACAGCGUACGAAGUGCCGCAAGAGAAUGGAAAUCGUACAGACACACGAUGGGUCUCUAUCUCCAAUGACAGUGCAAGCACCGUGUUGCGGGCGACCAGAAUGAGCCCUCUCGAAGCUGAAUCGUACCGACUCAGCGAGGCUAGUGACACCGACGCUCAGUGCAAGUCAGGUAGCGAUGACGCCCUAUUCAACUUCACUGCCACCAGGCACUCUGCAGAGAUGCUGGAGAAGGCGGCGCAUCCGCAAGAUCUCGUGGAAGAGGAUUACGUCUUGCUUCGGCUCGAUGCUGCAGUCAGUGGCGUAGGCACGGCUGCGUGCGGACCUGGACCGAUGGAACGUCAUUUGGUACGGCCUGGCAAAACGUGGUUCGGGUUUACGCUGGAAUUACCUCAAACCAUGGAAUAAUAAUAAAUGAUCAAAGUAGGUAGACAACAGAACUCACACUGUGACUGGGAGGUGUUAGCGAUCACCAUUGUCAGCCGUGGCGUACGCCAUGCUGAAAAGCGCAAGGCGUCUAAGUUGUAAACAACUAAGAGCUGUCCGGUUAGAGCGGCACGUUUUCCAUUCACACGUGAUAUAAAGAAUAAUAGAAAUAAUAACGCAA